AUGCAAACAGCCGCGGCGACUACAAAGGUGGUUUGGACGUCGGGAUUUGCUACUGGACGGAAACAAAAACCGCGGUUACCACCAAUCCGAUCUUCUUCCUCUUUGUUGCACCCGAGAAGAAGAGUUACAGUUAAAAACAACGAUUUUGAGAACAAUAACAAAUCUUCCUCUUUAUCGUGCAUGGUCGCGACAUCUGCGUUAUUUCGUGGACGAACUAUGCUUUCGCGUGCAAACGUUGGUAAUCACGACUCCGCGUCUGACUCCGCGACUCCUCUUGAAGGAAAAGCUUUAUUCGAUAACGUCUUACCAGCCGUUUUAGUUGCGUGCAUCGGCUCUUUCCUCUUCGGUUUUCAUCUUGGAAUAGUCAAUCCAGCCUUAAAUGCCAUAUCAUCCUCGCUUGAUAUCGCAACGAACGCUCCAUUGAAGAGCGCUAUCGUGAGCAUCAUUUUAGCCUUCGCUGCGGUUGGCUCUUUACUCACUGGUCCCUUAGCAGAUACCCUCGGACGCAGAUCUUCGCUGACAUUUUGCGCCGCACCUCUACUCGUCGGCGCAGCCAUGUGUGCGCAAGCGAACAGUAUUGGCGAAAUGCUCGUAGGUCGCGCAAUUUCAGGACUUGGUGUCGGCAUAGCAAGUAACUUGGUUCCUUUGUACGUCACAGAGAUAUCUCCGGAAAAUUUUCGAGGGACACUCGGUUCGCUUGUUCAGCUCUCGAUUUGCGUUGGGAUACUCGUCGCCGUUUUACUCGGCAUUCCUUACGAUCCGAGUUUCCCAGCUUUGCAAGAAUCCGUUUCCUUUUUGAAAUUUGAUUUCGAAACUUGGUGGAGAUCAAUGUUCUACGUGGCUGGGAUGCCUGCAUUGCUCAUGGGAUUCGCCGGGAAAGUCAUUCCGGAAUCCCCAAAAUGGCUACGCAGCCGAGGUCGGAUUGAGGAGGCUGUGAAGGCUGAAAACCUUCUUUGGGGUGGUAGCGAAAUUAGUUCUACCAGCGAUGGCACGAGUAGAAAUGAUCAAAGUGAAACGCUGCUGAAAUCAGAAAAUGUGACAGCAAAUUGGAUCGAAGCGCUCUUCGAUCCACGAUACCGCAAAGGCGUUUGGACUGGGGCGCUGUUAUUUUUUGCGCAACAGUUUGCGGGCAUCAACGCGGUGAUCUACUUUUCCACUCCUUUGUUCGCCGCGGCAGGAUUAAGAAACGCGGUGCUGGGAUCUGUUGCAGUAUCUGCGGUUAAUAUUUGUGGCACAUUAGUGAGCACGAAGGUUCUGGACAAAUCUGGGAGAAAACCGUUAUUGAAGAAGUCUUUUCUUGGGAUGGGCUCGUGCUGCAUUUUUCUUUCUCUCGCAGCUUUGAAUCCAACAUUGACGAUAUCCUCUUACGUAUCUUUGUUUGGAACUUUACUCUACAUCUUCGCCUUUGGAGUUGGCGUAGGCCCGAUUCCCGGACUUCUCGCCGGCGAGUUGAAUUCGGAAAGGGUCCGAGGGAAAGCGAUGUCCUUUGCGUUUCUGUCGCACUGGUGCUUCAACUUCUGCAUCGGGCAAGGCUUCCUACCGGUAGUUGAAAAAGUUGGGAUUUCUUUAGUAUGGUCCUUCUUUGCUGCUGUGUGUUUCAUUUCUUCCGCGUUAACGCACAAGUACAUCAUCGAGACGAAAGGUAAAAGUUUCUCCGAAAUUGACAAAGAAAUGAGAGUAUUUUGA